AUGGGUUCUGUUAAUGGUGGUCAUAGAAUCAAAGGUUCUUGGAGCCCACAAGAAGAUGCCACUCUCAUUAAACUUGUAGAACAACAUGGCCCGAGAAACUGGUCUAUGAUAAGCAAUGGUAUACCUGGGCGGUCAGGCAAGUCUUGUAGGUUAAGAUGGUGCAAUCAGCUGUCACCUGAGGUGCAACAUCGCCCAUUUACGCCAGCUGAGGAUGCUAAGAUUGUCCAAGCACACGCUCUCCACGGCAACAAGUGGGCUACUAUUGCCAGACUCUUACCUGGCCGUACCGAUAAUGCUAUAAAGAACCAUUGGAACUCUACUUUACGUCGAAAACGUGCGAGUGAUAUGUCAUCUACCUCGUCCGAAUCGAUUUCAGUUUUGAAACGUUCGAAUUUGGAGGUUUCCAUGGAGUUGGAGUCUGAAUCCGAUUCAGGGUCCAAGAGGCAGUGCUUGCUUGCAUUGCCAGGGUAUAAUAGUGUUAAUGGAGAUGCGGGAAUUAAUGGGCCUGAAACGAGAUGGUUUUUUUCGAUGGCUGUGGUGGAGAAAGUGGAGGAGGAUGCGUCAGUACUGAAGGGAAGAGAAAAGGCUCCUGCCGAUCAGAUCACAAAAGACGGUGAAGAGAGAUGUACAGGGGAAACAGAUGAGACUUGCUUGAGGGCAAUCAUGCAAAAGAUGAUACAAGAGGAAGUUAGGAUUUAUUUUGAUAGAUUCAAGACUCAAGAUGGAGUUAUAAUUGGAUCUCAAAAGGACCUCUGA